AUGAAUGUGGAGAAGCUGAAGAAACUCCAGGCACAGGUACGGAUUGGAGGGAAAGGUACACCCCGUAGGAAGAAGAAGGUCGUUCAUGCAACUGCAGCUACAGAUGAUAAGAAACUCCAGAGUUCAUUAAAGAAAUUAUCUGUUAAUACUAUCCCUGGAAUUGAAGAAGUUAAUAUGAUUAAGGACGAUGGUACCGUAAUUCAUUUCAAUAACCCGAAAGCCCAAGCCUCAUUAGCUGCCAAUACAUUUGCUAUCACCGGUCUUGGUGAAACAAAGCAAAUUACAGAGAUGCUACCAGGCAUUCUCAGUCAGUUGGGCCCUGAGGGCUUGACUCAGUUAAAACGUCUGGCCAGUGUUGCAAACAGUGCAGCUGGAGGAAAAGCAAGUAUUGAAGAAGAUGAUGAAGUUCCAGAACUUGUAGAGAAUUUUGAUGAAGCUAGUAAGGAGGAAGUAGCUGUGAACAUAGUUGCUGAUAAAGAUGAGAAAGGAAAGGCGAAGGAUCCAGAAGUGAAAUCCAAGGAUUCUACAACUGCAAAGGAGGAGGAAAAAUCCAAAGAACCAGCAUCGGAUACGAAGGAGAAAAGUGGCAACUAA